CAACGAGUUUAUCUGUCUCUGAAGAGUUGCCGAAAACAAUGGUUCGUCUGCACGUGAAAAAGGGGGACGAGAGCCAAUUUCUUUACGAUACCUUCGUCGAUGCUAAGAUCGAUGAUGUCAUCAGCGAUAUAACCAUUAUUUACAAUGGAAGGCUGAAGAUAACCAGAAUUUGUUACGAAAUGGAAGAACUCGCGAAACAUGGCACAAUGUUACCCCCUGAUAUGAUGGGAUUGACGGACGAACAGAUUAUAGAGCUGAAACUCAAGGACGACUGGGGAGAAAAAUGUAUUCCCAUGAGUGGAUGGACAUUCAAUAAAGAUGAAAUCGGGCGACGAAACGGUCGGCAACCCGAUGAAAAAUUGCAGGAAGUCCUGAAAAAAGCAGUGGCGGACGCCCGGGCCAUGAUUUCAAAGAAAUUAGUACUUCAGGAGAAACUUGUGACCCUCGCUACUGUCCAAGACGCCCUGAAUAUCCUCCGCGGAGCGACAAUGAUCGUUUAUCCGAUGGGACUGCCGCCCCACGAAGUCAUUCGCCAAGAGUUCGAGAACACCGAGGAUUUAACGGGAAUGCAAGCAUCCUUGGAGAUUAUUGAUAUUCAACUGGCAGAGCUCUGGUUCUCCGGCAAGCAGAUGCUCCCCGGUAAAAAAAUCAAGGAUUUCCUGGGUUCAAAUGAGAAGACGAAGAUAAUCGUGAAGCUUCAGAAGAGGGGAUCUGGUCGUCCCGGUCGCGAGCCCUUGAUGUCCGAGGAGGAUCGAAAGCAGCUGAUGCUUCAGGCUUAUCGACGCGAGCAGGAGCUCAAGGUAAGUGAACUUUCCAUGAUUUUCUACCUUCCCUUCUGGUGGUAAUAUGUCCAGUCUGUUAUCAAAUACAGUUCAGUGGAGACCGCAGCUCACUAUCGAUAUAAAGCGCCGACGUUUUUUCGUUAUUCCCUUUCGAACUUGAGGGACACGUUUCAUGUGCAGUGAACGAAAAAAUCGCCGUUGCCAGGGAUACGAAAGUUUAUUCAUGUAUGUUUACUUUGCUAUAGGUAAAUAUGUAUAAUAUUACCUCUGCUGGGGUACUCGUAUCAUUAUGUCAACGUAAUGUUGAGUUAUGAAAUUCUCAAUCCAUCAAUGAGUUAAUCUGUUGUUUGAUCCUUGUGACACAUGAUCGUGUUACUCUUAAUCACGCACACGCGCGACCAGAGAGGUCUAUAAUCUUGAUGAAUUGCUUGUUUUUUGACAUGUACAA